AUGGGGUACGAACCUGCAGAGGACGCUAUUAGAAGAACCGAACCCAUUUCGUUGCGUGAAGAGCCGCUGAUUGGCGGCAAAGAAACGGAUACCGUGGAUCUCAGGAAUCUAAAAGAGUAUGCGGCUGAGAAGACUACGGCUCGGAUGAGAUCACGCCCUGGUGAUCGUCGUGCAGUGUUACAACAGGAAGCCACGUGGACCAGCGGUAGCUUUGUCGAAUUCUGUGGUAAUUCACCGGAGCCAGCCAACGGCGAGGAAGUCCCAGUUCAACUCGCAGUCCCAGCUCCAGUUCCAGUCCCAGUCUCAGUCCCAGUCCCAGACCCCGUCUCAGUCUUAGUCUCAGUCCCAGUCCAAAUCCCUGUCCCAGUCCCAGUCCUAGUCAUUUUUCCAGGCCCAGUUCCAGUUCCAGUCCCAGCUCCAGUUCCAGUCCCAGUCUCAGUCCCAAUCCCAGUCCCAAUCCCAGUCCCAGUCCCAACAAUAAAAAAAGUCCCAGUCCCCGUCCCCGUCCCAGCCCCGUCCCGUCCUAGUCACAGAUUCCUAGUCCCAGUCCCAGUCAAAGUCCCAAUUCCUGUCCCUGUUCAAGUCCCUGUCCCAGUCCCAGCUCCAAUCCCAGUCUCAGUCUCAGUCCCAGUCCCAGUCCCCGUCUCCGUCCCAGUUCCAGGCGCAGAGGCCUCGUCCCAGUUCCAGUUCAAGUCCUAG